CCCAAAAGUCAUUAUUGUCAAAUGUCUGCUUUGUUUUUUGUUUAGAAUUUUAUUUUGUGAUUACUUUGAUAUAUACUAUUUUUGCCAGUAAAACCUUACAAUGUAAAAUAAACAAGUGUAACAAUAAAAUAAACUACUUAACAUACAACAGCAAAUCAAGUGCAGUGGCAAAAUUUUUGCAAGGACAAUUACCUGAGGGCUAAUAAUGCAAGAUAAAAGCACAAUAUGUGAACAAUGCCUUAGACCCUCCUUAGCUCCCUCAAAUCGGUUAGUUCAGGAUACCUGUGGUCACCAGAAAUGCAGAGCUUGUUUAUUAGAUGAUGAAAAUUCAUGCAAACAAUGCUUAUCUUACAACAGCUACCACAAGGUGCAAGAAGUGAGUUUUCUAGAUCUUGAGGGAACCCCAAAUGGAAAUGAAAGAUCUGAUUCUGUUAGCUACUGUAAUGGAGGUGCUAAAUUAAAUAAUAAUGGUAAUGACCAUAUAAAAGCAGAAUUAUUUCCACCAACAGACAUUGAAAAAAAAAUAGAGAAUAAUUACAUUGAGCAGGUGGAUCAAAACAUCCCAGCUAAAGAGAAAACAAAAAUUAAAGAAAAAAAAGAGACAAAGAAAAACUUGUUGGUGAUUCCUCCUCACAUCACAGUGCAGUCAAAUCCUGUAAACUAUCAUUGUACCAUAUGCCAAAAAUCAUUUAUAACUAAAAGCCAUGUAAAAUAUCACCAGUACUGCACAGGAGAGGUAAAGCCAUUCAAAUGUGAAAUCUGUGGUCUUGAAUACAUCCUGAAAAUCCAACUAGAUGUCCACAUGUGCAAGCACAAAAAUGUGAAACCUUUUAAAUGUCUGGUGUGUCCCAAAGCAUUUAGGGAAAGAAGCAAGUUAUCAAGACACUCACUUCUUCACUCCCCUUGGAAAAAUUUUGUAUGCCCAAAAUGUGCCAAAUCAUUUAAAACAAAAGAGUGCUUGAAAAUCCAUAGUUUUAUUCAUCAAGAGGAAAAGCCGUUUUCCUGUUCACAAUGCCAGGCCAAGUUCAGUAAUUCUUCUAACUUAAAAAAACAUUUAGCAUCACAUUCAAAUGUCAAGGAACAUAUGUGUGAUGAAUGUGGAAGGACUUUUAAAUUGAAAUGGGCAUUGUCUGUUCAUAGGAGGUCUCACCUGAAUGUAAGGCCACAUGAAUGCCAUGUUUGUAUGAAGUCCUUUGUAAAUCUCAAGGAUCUGCAGAGACAUUCUCUAAUACACACAGAUACGAAACAGUUCUCCUGCGGCAUCUGCAUGAUGAGCUUCCGGCGCAAGGACAACCUACUGCGACACCAGAAGAAUUCGCAUCCAGGUAAGAAGGCCGAUAUAAUAGAGAACCCAUUGGGUUCUUCAGUUUCAGACGAGCCGAUCCAACGAUCGGUCGUCGUUGAUAAUCCGAACGCUGUUAACGUGAUAACCGCCCUGACAACGAAUUAUAGUGGCGGGGCCGUCGGUGAAUCAGCGAUGCAGCAGCGACAACAGACCAAGGCUACAGUCUCAUCUGCCCAUUCCAGACCGACGGGAUCAGUCAUCAACGGUCCGGUCAAGCUCGCGUUUAAAACGCCGGCUUUCAAGAGCGUUUACAAUAUUACGAGAGGCGGAGAUUUCCUACCACAACCUAACGGUCAAACGAAUGUCUCUUUAGCACCAGACACCGUCUCCUCCAGCACAACUAUCGACACGGAUGCUCGGGAGAACGCAAUGCAGACAUCUGCCACUCCAAAUUAUAGUUUUGAAACGUCAGCAGAUACAGUACCUUCACCGGCUAACAGUACGUCUCAGCAAUGUUUGUCGUCGUAUUCGAGCGCGCUGCAUUACGAGACAUCUUUUCAAAACAAAAAACAUGCAAUGAUUAAGAAUAUUAAGUUUAAAGUGCCGCCAGAAUAUACUAAGUUAUUUAAAAAGCCUUUAGGUACGGAUGGUGAAACUGCCAAUGAAUUGAAUUCGGAUUCUUGCGAAUCGGGUGCUUCUGAUAGUAAAAGUGUCAUUGUCACCAAUAAGCGCUGAUUGGUUUCGGUGGUUCCAAGUAAUUUAUUGAUCUUUGUUAGCGUUGUGCAACUUUAUGCUGAAAAUAAAUAACAUUCAUUUUGGAUUUAAACUUUUUAAAUCCUUUAAAAUUUUUUAAUCCUUUAUGGUGAAUUCAUGUGAAAUAUUUUUUUAUUGUAUAGUCCUUAUUUCUACAAAUUCAUUCUGAAACUGAAGCAUUCACCUAAUACUAAAUAGUUACGUUUAUUAUUUGUUCUAUUUGUAUUAGUAAAGUUAUAAAUUAUAAUAGAAUUAUGGUAUGAAUAAAUAAAAUAUAUAGUUUUAUAUAGUAGAUAUAUUAUUUCGAUAUUAACUAUAAUAAUUUAUAACUCUUUUUUUCUACAUGUAAAUUAAAGUAAGCAUUUAAGUUACUUAAAGCUAAUAAAAAUCAGUAACUUUGGAAAACAGCGUAAGUGUGCGUUCUGAACUUUAUAAAGACUAACUACUUUUGAGACUGUGUUAUUCGUUUUUAGGUUUGUAUCUUGAUAAUGCUAAUAGAAUAAAAUUAUCUGUUUUAUUAAA